AAAUUUACCUAGCUCACUUGAAUUAACGUAUUAACCAUCCCGUAGAAGACGAAUAUGAUACCGAACAGAAGUAACCUCUCCUCCUUUCAGAAUGUUGGAUCAGAUUCCAGUAAGGUUAUGGCAGAGUACAGCCACACACAAAACCAGAUGGAAUUACAAAAUGCUAGUUUGGGAAAGGGUUCUGUGGCAAAUUCCCUUGAAAAUGGUCUCCAGGAUAUUAUGGAAAACCUCAACCCAAAGAAAUACUCAUCAAGUCUCAAAUUUAAAACAAAUGGGGACUAUGCUGGCUCAUAUUUAACCCUUUCACAACCUAUGCCAAUUAAACCUAAUCCUUCUUCUAGUGUUAAAAAUACACACUCUAUUACCAAAAUUCAAGGAGGCAAGCAGUUCCCCUGUGAAAGCCCAUAUCUUCCAGAUAAAAGCAUCUCUGUAAAGCAUUUGGGUUCCGUAUCGGGCACUUCUCCAUCCUUCAGCGGGUACAAUUUAGGAAGGACAGACUUUGAUAUUCAUGCCAGCAGAGAAAAUGAAAAAUCCCUUGGACACAUGGAUAAGUUUCACUACUCAAAGUACAGUCAGAAAAACAAAUCUUACGACAAUGUCUACUUCCCAGGAAUGCUGGAGACGAAGAAGAUCUCGGGCUCCCUUCUGACCAUGUGGAAUGGAAGCUCAGGGAAUGAGCUGAUGCUUUCACCUGCUAGCAACUCGGGGGCGGCCAGCAUGCCUUCUAGCCCAAAGCAAGGAAGAAGGAUGAAUAUUGAAGACAGCCUGGCCCUUCACAUAAAAUCAGUUAAGCACAAGGAUGUGAUGAUGGAGACUCUGGGUUCACGGCCUAGAAAAUACUCUGGUGGAUCUCUAAGUCAUAUGGGAAUGUACAGUCGUUCCCUACCCAGACUUUAUAAAUCAACAGAAAGCCAGCUGGUGCCAUUAAGUUUGCCCCCCAGAAGCUCUCUGGGUAAUACUAAAAGGAAAAAACUUGGAGAAAAAGAUCUACCUCAGAAUGCUUUAGAUGCUGAUAAUUACCUGAAUUUUUCUUCUUGCAGCUCAGGGGUCUCACCACAUGCAAACUCUGUCUCUGGGAAUAAUCCCUAUGUAAGCUCAACUCUUAGUGUUCCUGCAAGCCCUCGAAUUGCUAAAAAAAUGCUUUUAGCACCUUCUUCCCCAUAUCUUUCUGAUGAUUUUGAUAGACUUGGACUCUCAGGAACAAGUCCCAGUAGUUCUUUCUCCCCAGUGGAUUUUGACAGGUCGUUCUCUGUCCGAAGAAACCUUUCCACCAGUUCCGUGGAACUGGAUGACCCAGAUCUGGAAAGUUACAGGCAGACACCAAACUCACUGCAAACGUCCAUGCGAGAGCGGAAGAACAGCAUUAGCUCCAUUUCGGGAAGAGAAGACCUUAUGGACUAUCACAGGAGGCAGAGAAGAGAGCAGGAGAUGGAACGGCUGGAACGACAGCGGCUGGAGACAAUCCUCAAUCUGUGUGCAGAAUAUUCCAAACCUGACAGCGACCCCGCUGCAGCUACAACAGUUGCUGAUGUUCAAAAAAUUAACAAAGAACUCGAAAAACUUCAGCUCUCCGACGAGGAUUCAGUGUUUGAAGACUCCCAGAUGAAUCUGGAAACGAGGUUCAGAAGCCACUUGAAAUCAUCUGCAAGCGAUUCAGAUUUCUCGGAGGUGAGCAACCACAGUCGUGGCACUGGUGCUUUCCUCCCUUCCCGAGGACUGAGAGCCAAUGAGCACUUCAGUGAAACCACCAAGCCUCCACCUUUUGCUGCUCCUGGCUUCUUGAAGGAUGCCACAGAAUCGUCCUAUCUAAGCAUCACACCAAAGAUACCAGAAUGCGUAAGUGAUGAGCAAAGAGGGCAGGAGCUUGGUCGACUGGAGGAGGAACGCAUAGUGAUACUAAAUAACUUGGAAGAACUUGAGCAGAAGAUCAAAGAUUUAAAUGACCAGAUGGAUGAAUCCUCGAGAGAGUUGGAUAUGGAAUGUGCCCUUUUGGAUGGGGAACAGAAAUCUGAAACAACAGAGCUGCUGAAAGAGAAGGAAAUAUUGGAUCAUCUAAACAGAAAAAUAGCUGAGCUGGAGAGAAAUGUUAUUGGUGAAAAGACAAAGGAAAAAUUAAAACUUGAUGCUGAGAGGGAAAAACUAGAGAGGCUUCAGGAGCUUUACUCCGAGCAGAAGACGCAGCUUGAUAAUUGCCCUGAGUCCAUGAGGGAACAAUUACAGCAGCAGCUGAAGAGGGAUGCUGACCUAUUGGACAUAGAAAGCAAACAUUUUGAAGAUUUGGAAUUUCAGCAACUUGAACAUGAAAGCAGGUUAGAUGAAGAGAAAGAAAACCUGACGCAACAGCUCCUGCGUGAAGUAGCUGAAUAUCAGCGUAGCAUUGUCAGUAGAAAGGAAAAAAUAUCUGCUCUCAAAAAACAAGCCAAUCAUAUUGUCCAACAAGCACAAAGAGAACAAGAUCAUUUUGUAAAAGAGAAAAACAACUUAAUAAUGAUGCUGCAAAGGGAAAAAGAGAAUCUCUGUAAUCUGGAAAAGAAAUAUUCCGCACUUUCCGGAGGAAAGGGAUUUUCUGUCAGUCCCAAUAGUCUAAAAGAGGGCUAUAUCAGUGUAAGUGAAAUUAGUGAGCUGUAUGGCAAUUCCACGAAUAUAUCCCCUUCCACCCAGCCCCUCACAGAUGCUGAAGCAGUUGCCACUGAGCCUUCCACGGCUCUAAGAUCACCAAUCUGUUCUGGAUUUGUGUUUCCUCACUCUCUUUCUCCUCGCUCUAUUGCUCAACUUCCAUCAGUCCAUUGGCCUGAGGUCAUGGCUACUCAUGUAGAUCCUAUUCCUUUAUCUGAUACACCUCCACCUCUGCCAGCUAAGAAACACCGCAGGCAACAACAGCAUUUCAGAAAUCUGGAAGAGCGAAAGAAGCAGCACAGGGAAUGCAUGUACAUGAGCGAUACUUUACCUCGCAAGAAAACAACUCCGUCUGUGUCGCCACACUUCAAUAGUGCUACACUUGGACGAAGCGUUGCAUCUAAAGGACAUUUACCAUUAGGACAGAGCAACAGCUGCGGCAGCGUACUUCCUCACUGCCUGGCAACCAUGACCAAAGAGUCAGAGUCGAGAAGGAUGCACAAAGGAUAUAAUCAUCAACGGAUCUGUGAAAACCAAAGGCAGAAGUCUCCUGAAUUCUACAGCAGAACAGCAUCCGAAUCGAACGUAUAUUUGAAUAGUUUCCAUUACCCAGACCGUAGUUACAAGGACCAUGCCUUUGAUACAUUAAGCUUAGACAGUUCUGACAGUAUGGAGACAAGCAUAUCAGCAUGCUCACCAGAUAACAUUUCCAGUGCUAGCACUUCAAAUGUUGCAAGAAUAGAAGAGAUGGAGAGACUUCUGAAACAAGCGCAUGCUGAAAAGACUAGGCUGCUUGAGACCAGG